AUGGCGAACUUUUUUGUCCUCAAUUCGUCCUUCAAAUAACGUCAAAAACAUGUUUUCCCAGAAUAAUAUACGAUUGUCAACAUAUUUCCAUCGUUUUGCUAGUUGCCAGAGAUUUCGUAGUUAUCAUUCCAAAACAGGUGUACAUGGAUUUCGCCCCAAAACCACCCAAAAGUCAGUUGGAAUUCCAGAUGCUGAGGCGAUUGAGAACCGAAUUUCAAGUGGAAAUCUAUUUCGUUUGGUGACGGCGUACAGGGAACAUGGCCACAAGGAGGCAACCUUAGAUCCACUCAAGCUAGCCAAACGAGUGUCUGCCCCAGAAUUGGAAUUGUCACAUUAUGGGCUCGCACACGAGCAGGCCACUCUCCAUGAUCUCCAUGGCAUUCUCAACACUGGUGUAACCACAGCAACCACCAGUGACGUUAUACAAAAACUCCGAGAAAUAUAUUGCGGUACAGUAGCAGUGGAGUUUCAACAACUACAGAGCCUUGAAGAACGUGAGUGGUUUGCCCAGAGGUAUGAAGAAACACGGCACGAACCCAUCCCACCAGAACGCAAAGUGGCCCUUGCGAAACUUAUGCUCAAAUGUCAGGCUUAUGAUCAUUUUCUGGCCAGCAAGUUCCCCACCGUGAAGAGAUAUGGAGGUGAAGGCGCAGAGAGUAUGAUGAUGUUUUUUGAGGAGGUGUUCUCAGCGUCUGCUCAAGCUGGGAUCCAAGACAUUGUGAUGUGUAUGCCACAUCGUGGUCGAAAUAAUCUCCUCACCUGCAUGUUAAACUUCCCUAUGGUUGUUAUGCUUCAGAAGAUGAAGGGUAAAAGAGAAUUUCCACCGGGGGUUAAAGGAUCUGGCGAUGUGCUGUCACAUUUAAGUAUUUCUACAGAUCUCAAAUAUGGGGAGCGGAGUGUCCAUGUGUCCUUGAUACCCAACCCUUCUCAUCUUGAGGCUAAUAAUCCGGUGUGCGUAGGAAAAGCUCGUUCCCGCCAGCGCAGACUCGGAGAUGGUGAUUAUACAUUGGACGAAUCGGUGACCCAUGGUGAUAAAGUCCUCUGUGUACAAGUUCAUGGUGACGGAUCUGUUGCUGCGCAGGGUGUUGUUGCCGAAACAUUCAGUAUAGCUUACACCCCUCACUUCAGAGUAGGUGGUAGCAUCCAUCUUGCUGUUAAUAACCAGGUGGCAUUUACGACAGAACCGGAAAGAGGGAGGUCUUCCAUGUAUUGUAGUGAUGUAGCCAAAAUGAUAGGCUGUCCAGUGAUCCAUGUCAAUGGUGAUGACCCAGAGGAGGUCAUCCGUGCUACGCGGCUCGCCAUGGAGUACCGUGACACCUUUAGGAAGGACGUCUUUGUUGACUUGGUGUGUUUCCGCAGAUGGGGCCAUAAUGAAUUAGAUGAAGCAUCAUUUACACAGCCGUUGAUGUAUCAAGUCAUCAAUAACAAAGCUAGUGUCCCAGAUCAGUUUAGAGCUCAAGUUGUGAACGAAGGUCUCUGUGGUGACGCCGAGUUGGAGGAGUGUGUGAAUGAUUGGCAGAAACACCUGAACGAUCAGAUCAAACUAAGUGAGUCGCACGUACCAAAGGCCGAUCACCUCGAGAAGCAGUGGUCUGGAUUCAGCCAGGCCCCGGAUUCAAUCAGCAAGUGGGAAACAGGGGUCAGCCCAGACCUGCUCAAGUAUGUUGGUGCUAAGUCAGUCAGUGUGCCGGAAGAUUUUGCGUUACAUCCAAACAUCCACAAAACUCACGUGGGGCGGCGUAUUGUGCGACUUGAGGAGGGGACGGGCUUAGAUUGGUCAACAGCUGAGGCCCUUGCUUUUGGAUCACUUUUAUCACAGGGUUUUAAUGUUCGUAUCAGUGGCCAGGAUGUUGGCCGGGGUACCUUCAGUCAUCGUCAUGCCAUGUUGGUUGAUCAGAAGACAGAUGAUAUGUACAUUCCAUUGAAUCAUAUGUACCCAGAUCAAAAGACUGCUAUUGAGGUGUCUAACAGUGCCCUGUCUGAGGAGGCUGUCCUAGGAUUUGAGUACGGCAUCAGUAUCGAUGACCCCAACACAUUGGCGAUUUGGGAGGCACAGUUUGGUGACUUCUUCAAUGGCGCUCAGCCUAUAAUUGACACAUAUGUCUGUUCAGGAGAAACUAAGUGGCUGCGUCAGUCUGGCCUGGUGAUUCUCCUACCCCAUGGCAUGGACGGUGCAGGGCCGGAGCAUUCAAGCUGCAGGAUGGAAAGAUUCCUUCAGAUGACGGACAGUAAAGAGACAGGCAUAGAUGGCGAUGAUGUCAACUUCCAGCUGGCUAAUCCAACCACGUCAGCGCAGUAUUUCCAUUUACUGAGGAGACAGAUGGUGAGAAACUUCCGUAAACCUCUAAUCAUGGCAGCGCCGAAGAUGAUCCUACGCUUCCCGGCAGCAGGUUCCAGUCUCGCCGAGAUGGCUCCUGGUACGGCGUUCCAGACUGUGAUAGGAGACACGACGGUUGAUCCAAGUCGUGUGACGAGAGUUGUUAUAUGCUGUGGGAAGCACUACUAUGCCUUAGAUAAACACAGAGGAACUGAAAAUAUCAAUGAUGUGGCUAUAAUAAGGCUGGAGGAGUUAUGUCCUUUCCCUGUUGAAGACAUCAGGAAUGAACUCAACAAAUAUAAGAAUGCUAAAGAAUUUGUGUGGAGUCAAGAAGAACACCGUAAUAUGGGAGCGUGGUCAUUCAUCAAUCCACGUUUUGAGAAGGUGGUCGGGACUAAGCUCAAUUUCGUCGGCCGUGAUGUACUCGCAGCUCCUGCUACAGGUGUUGGUGAAAUACAUAAACAAGAGGCUGAAAUGAUCAUCAAAGAUGCAUUUGCUAAACUCUAAUGAAUAAAUAUGAUUCCAGUACUGGUCACUACUUGGUGUCAGGGAUGAAAUUAUUACAAGUUAUCUACUUUGAUUUUGUUUCUUUAUGCCUUAUGCUUGUUUUUGAUUUGGAGUACAGUUGAACCUCUAUUAAGGACACCUUCUGGACUGGCAAGUGCUGUCCUUAAUAGAGAGGUCCAAUUGAAUAGAAAGUACCAAUUUGGGACCAAAACUAGUGUCCUUAAUAGAGAGGUUGUCCUUAAUAGAGAGGUGGCCGCUAAGGGAGGUUCCACUGUAUUGUGUCAAAAACCUUAAUCAUGUGGAUUGUUACAGGUUCUGUGGAUGUUUUAUCCUCCUGGUCCCCUUACAUGCCCUGAACUUAAACAUUAGUUGUGUUAGCCUAAAGUGACAAUCAUGGGGAUAAUUUCUAUUUUAUAUCAAUAAGCUUUAUUUUGGUGUUCACUUUGAGCCCUUUUAGAGGAGAACAUAAUUGAUACCUCACUUUUAGUUCUUGGUUGUCUGAUCAAGACCAUUCAGGUAAAAAAAAUUAUGUCUGCGUCUACCUGAGCAGUCUUGAUAAGAAAGCCAAAAAAUGCCACCUUGAUAUCAGCCGAGUAACUUAAAUGACAUUUACUAUUUAAUACUAGCUCAUGAGCUCGAAAACUGGAAUAUUAUGUUAUUCUUUGCUCUACAUGUAAAAAAUCUCAUUCUUGGCAGCUGUAUGCAUUAUGUUUUUGUUUGUAUCGACAUGUUCAAUGCAAUGAUGAAUGUAUUGUGUUGGUUGGAUAUGAAGUCAGUAAAGUAGAUUACAGACUAAACAGUAUGUGUUUU